AUGUUGGAAAAGAAGAAGGCGUUCAAACUCCCGUGCACUUGGUAGACUUAUAUUUGUCCACCCAACUGGUGGAGAGUUGUUUUUCUUGAGGAUGUUGCUGUCCCACCAAAAAGGUUGUAAGUCAUAUGAAGAGCUUCGCACUGUGUCAGAUGUAAUGUACGAUGAUUUUCUGUAGUGCAUGCAAUGCAUUAGGGUUGAUUGGAGAUGACAAAGAAUGGAUGGAUGCUUUUGUGCAAGCUUCUGAGUGGGCGACUUCAUCUCAGUUGCGGUCUCUUUUCUGUUAUCUUCUGCUUUUAUGUGAUGUUAAUGAUCCCAUGUGUUUGUGGGACAUUGGAUGGAGAAAAAUGAGUGAUGACUUAGUUUAUAGGAUGCGGUCAUCAAAUCCUACUAUUGAGUUGAAUAUAGAUGAUAGUCAUAUACAGCAAUUGGUCUUAUUUGAAUUAGAUCACAUACUAAGGUCGUCUACUCCACCACGAUCUAUUUUGGACUUUCAUCUACCAAAACUAACAGAUAGCAACAUCACACUGUUAAAAAAUCGUCUCUUCCUAGAAGAAACUUCUUAUAAUAAGGUGUACAAUGACAUUCGCUCUGCAGAGGAAACACAACAGCAAGUGCUUAUAUUUGUUUAUGGUCAUGGAGGAACCGGCAAAACUUUCUUGUGGAAUACAUUGCUUGCUUAUUUCCGUUCAAGAGGAAAAAUAGCACUAACUGUUGCUGCCUCAGGAAUUGCUUCUUUGCUUCUUCCAUCAGGAAGGACAACUCAUUCCAGGUUUAAUAUUCCAAUAGACUUUUCAGAAAAAACCGCAUGCAAUAUAAGAAAACACACAAUGCUUGCUGAGUUGCUAAAGCAAACUUCUAUUAUCAUAUGGGAUGAGGCGCCAAUGAGUGACAGACGUUGUUUUGAAUGUCUAGAUCGUUCUUUAAAAGAUAUACUUGACUGUGAAGCAAAAACUUUUGGUGGUAUGUCUAUGUUGUUAGGAGGAGACUUCCGACAGACAUUGCCAGUGUCCCCAAAAUCUACACCGUCUGAGAUAGUUUCUCUGACCCUACCCAAUUCCUAUCUAUGGCCCUAUUUCAAAUUAUGUAAACUAAGUGCCAACAUGAGACUUAAGGAUUCAUCUAUGUCAUCGAAAAUAGAGUUAAAUGCAUCAGAUUUUGCGACAUGGCUGGUUCAGGUUGGAGAUGGUAGGAUUGGUAAUAUGGAUACUGUUGAUAGGAUAAAUACUAAAUGGAUUGAAAUCCCUAGGUCACUCCUUAUACCUCCAUCGGAAAACGGGUUAGAUUCCCUUAUAAAUUUUGUUUAUGGAGAUAUCUUUCAAACCAAUGUCUCAACAAGCAUGUUAUCUGGCAGGGCAAUAGUUUGUCCCAAUAACGAAACAAUACAACACAUAAAUGAUAUUGUUAUGCGUAAAAUUCCUGGGGUUUCAAAGAUUUACGAGAGUGCUGACAACAUUGAAUUUAGCGGGAAGCAGACUACAAACUUUAAUACAUUUUAUCCGUUGGAAUAUCUUAAUGGACUUACAUUUCCAAGCAUACCUGCACAUUCACUUUUAUUAAAAAUUAACACACCUAUAAUGCUAAUUCGAAAUAUAAAUCAGAAAGAAGGUUUGUGUAAUGGUACACGAUUAAUGGUCUCACAGUUGUUAUCAAAUGUGAUUGAGGCAUCAAUUAUUACUGGAACCAGCAUUGGGAAGAAGGUUUUUCUGCCUCGUAUUAGAUUUAUUCAUAAAGCUCCUGAUAUACCUUUUACAUUCAUAAGAAAGCAAUUUCCUGUUAAUGUUUGUUAUGGUAUGACUAUUAACAAAAGUCAAGGUCAGUCUUUAACGAGAAUUGGAAUAUAUUUUCCGGAACCUGUUUUCACACACGGCCAGCUUUAUGUUGCAUUGUCACGUGCCACAUCUCCAGAAGCAGUUAAAAUACUUAUGCAUUCUGAUGAUAAAACGACAAACAACAUUACAAAAAAUGUUGUUUUCAAAGACUUCUUACAAAAAAUAAAUAACUCAGAGGUUAAACAUAUAUACAAUGUUUCUGUUUUUUUCAGCAGGAGCUAG